UGCCCUGCGCAGGCGCGGCCGCCCUCGGGCGUCCUCUACGGCGGGCGACCUAGGCCACCGGACGGAGUGGGAAGCAGGGCCAGCUCGUCCGAGAGGGAGGCCACCGUGCGUCGCCACCAUGCCGGACAGUUGGGACAAGGACGUGUACCCCGAGCCCCCGCGUCGUACGCCGGCGCCCUCGCCGCAGACCUCGCUGCCCAACCCCAUCACUUACUUGACGAAGGUCUUCGACUUCCUCGUGGACCGGCCCGUGACCCUCGUGAGAGAGUUUAUAGAGCAGCAGCAUGCGAAGAACAGGUACUACUACUACCACCGGGAGUUCCGCCGCGUGCCGGACAUCACUGAGUGCAAGGAAAAGGACGUUUUGUGCAUGUUUGAAGCAGAAAUGCAGUGGAGAAGAGACUACAAAGUUGAUCAAGAAAUCGUCAACAUUAUCCAGGAAAGACUGAAAGCCUGUCAGCAGAGGGAAGGUGAAAGCCACAGGCAGAACUGUGCCAAGGAGCUGGAGCAGUUUGCCCAGGUGGCCAAGGCCUACCAGGACCGCUAUCACGACCUGGGGGCCCAUUAUUCUGCCAGGAAGUGCCUGGCAAAACAGAAGCAGAGGAUGCUGGCAGAGAGAAAAGCUGCUAAAGAGGCCGCUGCUGCCUGAGGCAGCUCCUUGAGCCACCCCCUCACUUGACUGUCACUAAAAUAAAGAGUAUUAAAACGUG